AUGCUUAUGUGGCAUGACUACGAAGUAAACAUUGGAAAUAAUUUCUUGUUUCUCAGAGAGUGUAGCGACUUGAGAGACGCAGAGAAAUUCAAUAGUGAUUCAUCGAUGGUAGAGAGUAAAGUGAAUAGAGUAGACGCAGAGAAACAUGAAGUUCGUCGUGGAUGUGGCAAAUCAUGCCAAAGGGAUCCAGCCACCUCCACCUCCUUCAUAAAUCGACUCAAUCCAAUAUGUGUUGAACGUCAACAAAAUGUUCAUGAACGUCAAGAAACACUGUUGAGCUCCGAGCAAAAAUCAACUGGACAGAGAGAAUCGGAAAAGGAAAAGGACUGCUGGACAAUAAAAAUGUAUUGA